AGCAUGUGAAAGCAGCAGAGCAGUUUGAGCGCCAAACCACAGGCACCACUGAUUACAGCUCAACAAUAUCCACCAUUUUUGAGAAAAUAGAGCUAUACUCCUAGCUAAACCUAGCAAACAACUAUUUUGACAAAAGAGAGGACUGGUGCUAUGUUUACGAAUAAGUCUGCCUGGUUUUCAAGCAGUGUGCCGCAGACAUGUUACAACUUCUGGAUGCAGGAGGGUGGGACCAUUGCUGGUUGGAGGACAGCAGAUUAUCUUUUCAGUGAAGAUGCUGCAUGUCCAGAUACUGUGAGGAUAUUUGAGAGCAAAGAUUACCUGUGCAACAAGGUGACGGUUUUUCAGAGCUUGUUUCUGUCUGCCUGUGAGAAGCGCCAGAGUGUAAAGUCUGUGUGCAUUGGUCAUUAUGUGCUGCCUCCAGCCUCGGUACAGGACGAAGUGAGAAACGUGGUUGGGAGGUUGAUUUGGGAAAUAGAGGAUGAGCAGGUAGUAGCACAGGGAUCCUCUAAGAGUUUCAGUUGCCAAACAGACGACGAGUACAGUGAAGGAGAAGUCAGCAUAAGCAAUUAUGAACUGUCUGACACAGACUCAUCAGAAGUUGAAGCCCCUCUAUGUGGUCAUUUUCAGGAUUAUCCAUCUAGUAACAUGCUUUCUGGGUAUGUCAGCAUGGACAAGCUGCUAAAAUAUUCAGGUGAUCUGUGUGAUUUCCAUCCUGGAAUGCUCCAACUGUGAAGCUCACACAUCAGCAAACAUGCACUACGAAAAAAGCAUGUUAAAGAAGAAGUACUAGCUGUGACGUUUGCGGUUUCAAGCUGUAUAUAAUGUACUAGCAGAUGAGUUAUGAGUUUGUUUAUGUUUGCAUUGCCUUCUUACUCAUGUUUGUAGUGCUGAUGUAUACACUGAUAUGAAAUAAAUCUGAGUAA